AUGGCAUUCACAACCCUCAACGGCUUCGCACUAGUAAAAGGUGCAAGUGCCCCGCAUCUCUGAUUCCUCUUCUCAAUCCCCCCUUCCCCACUCCCCCCCCUUCCAGGCCGGCGCAGGAAUAGGUCAAGAAGUCGGUUUCGCAUUCGCAGAAGCCAGGGCCGCAGGCGUACUUUUUGCAGACCUCAACCUCGAAAACGCCACUGCAAACGCUGAGACGAGCAAGGAGUACGCCAGAAACCCAUCGUAUUUUGCGUUAGCGAUACAUGUCGAUGUAACGGUUCCUGAAAGUGUGCAGGCGAUGGUGGAUUUUGAGAUGGAGUCUUUUGGGAGGUUGGAUUAUUGUGUUAAUUCUGCUGGUGCAAGUUCUCUUUUUUCCUUUCUUCUUUCUUUUAUGAAGUUAUUCCUUCUUGUUAUCAACAUCUCCCAUCUCUCUCAACCCCCAAAGAGUCUCAGCAAGACCAACCCCUUACAAAUAGUAGGUAGGAGCCACCUCCCUCCUGGCCAGCAAAGAAAUCGACAUCGACAAUUUCGACACCACACUAUCCAUCAACGUCAAAGGCACUACCAUGCUGUGCGCCCGCGCCGUCUCUCAAGCCAUGAGCACCCAAGAACCACUUCUGCACCAAGGCCGCCAUGGAGAACGCAGUCUCAGUUGGGGAUCUAUUGUUAAUAUGGCGUCGGCGACUUCGUUUGUGGCGGGUCCGAAAAUGAUGGCGUAUGUUGCUAGUAAACAUGCUGUUAUUGGGAUUACUAAGACUGCUGGUGAGUGUUUUUUUAAUCAUAAUGGUCUUUUUUUCCCCUGUUCUUUUCCCUUUCUCCCCCCCUUCUCAAAACCUCUCCCCUCCCACCCCAAGAACUAAAACUAACCCACUCCCCACCCAGCACUCGACAACAUCCCCCACCACAUCCGCGUCAACGCCCUCUGUCCCUCCUACGUCCACACACCCNAACUAACCCACUCCCCACCCAGCACUCGACAACAUCCCCCACCACAUCCGCGUCAACGCCCUCUGUCCCUCCUACGUCCACACACCCAUGUACACCCGCAGCCUGGCGCGGGUGCCCGCACUAGGGAAACUCCUCGAGCGCGCGAGUCCGCUCAAGAGACCCGCGUGCGUGGAGGAGGUGGCGAAUCUGGCGGUGAUGAUGUGUAGUCCCAGUGCGAGUUAUGUUAAUGGGACAGGGUUGUUGGUUGAUGCGGGGAUGUUGCUUAGUGCUAAUGUGUGAGUGUAUCUCUGUGCUGUGAAGUUGCUUAGGUAUAUGGAUUGUGGGCUGGUGAGUAGACUGUUAGUAGUGAGUAGGGUGUUGG